CUCUGGGAUUGCCCUCAGAAAGAAGAGCAAUGCGCUUGGGAAGUAGAGCGUUAGGGCUGACAUCGACAUUGAGCCACUUGCCAUGGACCUUCACUGGGUACACGAUCUUGUACUUGUCGCCAGCCUUUUCGAGCGUCCACCUCUGGCUAGUGCCGCUAACAGCCAAGUAGGCAUACUCCCUGGCACCAAGUGGGCUCAAAGAAAGAUAUCGCGGCUGGUGUCCGCGAGUAGAAAGAGUGAUCUUGUUACCGGCAUAGUUACGAAGGUACCAUACUUGAUGGUAGCCAGGAGUUGGCAGGGACGCCUGGUAAGUGGCAGGCCAGAACCCGGCACUUCCCGUUUUAGUGGUGAUAUAGCGGUUGGCGAUCGAGAUCCGGUAGUAUCCAUUAGGAAGAAGCGCGGCCAUGGCCACGUUGACAAUUGCAAGGAUUGCAACCAAGAAAGUGAGUGGUUGAUGCAUCCUGAGGGAGCUGAGUUGGAGUAAGCUAGAAGAAGACUGGGGAAGUAGGUAAGGUAAGUAGAGUGCAAGAGCUGCGAG